GCAGUCUGUGCCACCAUCACCUCCUGCCUCCGCGCCGCCUCCCCGUUGCCCUCCCCCUCCGCCCGACCUCCACGCCGCGCCACUCCCUUUGACGCUCGCUCGUGACGCCCACACACACACACAUUCACCAUGCCUCCCGAGCUUUCAUCCGCCCCCACCAAGGUUGAUGUCCUGGGCAAGGAGGCCUCCUCCGGCCCGAUGCGCCUCUUUACUUGGGACGAGGUGACCAAGGCCUGUGCCGUCCCGUCGGCCGAGGCUCUCAGCCAGGCCACCACCUCGGCCGACAUCGCCAGCACCCAGGCCGCGCGGGAAAUCCGCGCCGGGCGUCGGUGCCUGCUGAUCCUGCACGACAAGGUGUACGAUGUGACCUCCUUCGUUCCCCGGCACCCGGGCGGGCCGCUGAUCAUGACCUACUCCGGCGAGGAUGCGGCCGAUGCCUUCCAGGCCUUCCACCCGGUCGGCACCUUCAAGAUGCUGGCCCAGUACCAGAUCGGUGAGAUCGCCCCCUCCGAGCGGAUCCCGCCCUCUCCCUUCGUUGCCGAGAUGCGCGCCCUGCGGCAUCGGUUCCAGGCCGAGGGGCUCUUCGAGGCCAGCAAGGCCUACUACGCCUUCAAGGUGCUUUCCACCGUGGCCAUCGUCCUGCUGGCCGGUGCUGUGGCCCACUACUGGCAGACCGUCCCCGGCGCCGUGGUCAGUGCCCUGCUGGUGGCUCUCUUCUGGCAGCAGUGCGGCUGGCUGGCGCACGAUUUCGUCCACCAUCAGGUCUUCGAGAACCGCCGCCUGGGCGAUCUCUUCGGCUAUAUGAUUGGCAACUUCUUCCAGGGCUUCAGUGUCGCCUGGUGGAAGAACAAGCACAACACCCACCACGCCAUCCCCAACGUCCACAAGGCCGACCCCGAUGUCGACCUGAUGCCGCUGCUUGCCUGGUCGGAGCACGCCCUCGAGGCCUUCGUCGAGGGCGAUGUCCAGGGCAUGUCCAAGAUCCUGAUCGACCACCAGAACUUCUUCUACCCCCUGCUGCUGAGCUUCGCGCGUCUUUCCUGGGCCAUCCAGUCGGUCAUUUACGUGCAGACGGCCGCCGACGUGCCGAACCGCGGCCUCGAGGCCCUCGGCCUGCUCGGCCACUGGGCCCUGCUCAUUAUCUUCUCCGUCCUCCUUACCGGCCCCUGGCGCGCGCUCAUCAUCUUCAUGGUCAGCAACGUCGCCUGCGGCCUCCUGCUGGCCAGCGUCUUCUCCCUGAACCACAACGGCAUGCCCAUCCUCGAUGCCGAGGAGAACCGCUCGUACGACUUCUUCACGCGGCAGAUCAUCACCGGCCGCGAUGUCCACCCGAGCGUCUUCAACACCUGGUUCACCGGCGGCCUCAAUUACCAGAUCGAGCACCACCUCUUCCCCUCGAUUCCCCGCCACAACUUCCACCGCAUCCAGCCCCGCGUCGCCGAGCUCUGCCGCAAGUACAACGUCCCCUACCACACCGCCGGCCUGAUCUCCGGCACUGUGGAGGUGUUCAAGCGCCUGGCCGAGGUGGCCCACGCCUCGCGCCAGGUCUCCGGCCCGAAGACCGACUGAGCGCCCGCCUGGGGCCUGCCCGCGGGCACCAUGCCGCACUCUGCGGUCGGGCCAUGGUUCAUCCUUGCUUUGCCAUUUCCCCCUUUCCCAGCUUAUGCGAUGCCCUUUUGCCCGCUUGGCCUUCGGCCAGCCAGCCGAGUCCGCUGCCCUCCCCCUCGCCGCUCCUCUUCCCUUCUCCCUUUCUCUCUCUCUCUCUCU